AUGCGGGAAGGGGACGCAGGGAGGGUGCAGGGUGGGUGCGGGGCCAGAGCAGCUCAGGUGCUGCGGUUCUUUGCCCACUGGGAUGACCGGGAGAACAUGUUUGGGGAAUGCCGUCAGUACAUCAUCCAUUACUACCUCGCUGAUGGGACGGUGGAGAUCAGGGAGGUUUAUGAGAAGAACGAUGGACGUGAUCCGUUCCCCAUCCUGGUGGGACGCCAGAGACUGCCCAAGUCACUGCAGCAGGCACACGCGAGCUUCCCUUCCAUCUCCAUGGAGUUGUCAGAGUACGAGGUAAAGGAGUGGUUCGGUCCAAGGGAUUUUGUCGUCGGUCAGCCGGUCACUAUCCUUGGACGCCAGUUCUUCAUUUAUGACUGCGAUGAGUUCACCAAAGAAUAUUACCAGCAGAACAUACGAGGAGUGGAUCUUCGACCUGUCCAUGUUACCGAAAAGCCCCCAGCUCCUGAGAAAAAGUGGAUCCCUCCCUACAAUGGAUUCGGCUCUCUGGAGGAUUCGGUGCAGAACUGCCUGUCGCUGAUCCCUAAGGCACCAAAGAAAGAUCUCAUCAAACUGUUGGAGAACGACAAGAUCAUCUUGCGAUACGAGGCCAGGAUGGAGUCCAGGUAUCCAGAGGACAGUGGCCGCAGGUUCAUCCUCAGCUUCCAUGUGGCCACUGACACCAUCAGCAUCUUUGAACCACCAGUCCGCAAUUCCGGCAGAACCGGCGGGAAAAUUCUGUCAAAGAUUAAGAUUCCGAAGCCAGGAAGCAACGCAGAACACCCUGAAUUCUAUACAGCCAGGGAUCUAGCCAUCUCUUCAGUUGUCGAAGUCAUUGGUUAUCGCUUCAUCAUCACGGAUGCCGACGAGUUUGUCUACAAAUACCUGGAAGCAAAUGCUGCAGGUUUCCCAAGCGAGACACUGGGAUCAUUUCGCCAGAAGGCACAGGAGAGGGUCAGUCAGGCAGCUCGGUGGGAGAUGGAGCAGAAAGCUGGCUCUGCAGCGAUCGAUUCAGAUCCGACACCCACAGUGACAGCUGCUGAGGAAUGCUCACUCACACCUCUGGAAUGUAAGCAGCUGCUUGAGACCGGAGCGUUGGAAGAUCAGCUUCAGGGAGACAUCUGUGACCCUCAGCAGGGAGAUAUCCAUGUGCCCAAAUACCAGGGAGAUACUCACACACCCCUGGACCCUGGCAAUAUCUGUGCUCCUCAGCCAGUAGACAUCAGUGCCAGCCAGUACCAGGGAAAUAUUCAGAGGCCCCUAGACCAGGGCAUCAGCUGUGGCCCUCAGAAGGGAGAUCCCCAUGCUCCCCAGUACCAGCACAGUAUCUGCACACCUCCAAACCAGGGCAUCAGCUGUGCCCCUGAAAUCCAGGGCCAUACUCAAACACCUCUGUACCAGGGAGGAAUCUGUGCUCCACAACAGGGAGAUGUCGAUGCCACUCAGUACCAAGGUGGUAGCCAUGCUCCCCAACUCCAGGGAGGGACUGCAACCCCCCCAUACCAGGGAGAAAUCUGCAGCCCCCACACAAUCCCAACUGGACCCUGUUGACACCUAAAUCUAAGGUUAUUGAAGAGUUAGUGUGAAAUCAGAGAACGUUGCUCUGUAUUCUGGAACCGAAUAAAGUCAAGUAUCGAACACUCA